GGGAACAGUUCCGAACUCUUUCUUCUCGCUCUUUGAACGUGUGGAGAAUCGUUUGUUUUGAAAAACCCCGUGCUUCCUGGAUCCCCCCACCCCUGAUUCUAACAGCAUGAAUCGCACCCGGAGACUAUUUUGAAUAUCGGAUAUUGAAUUUAUCAAAAUCUUUACGUAUUUGCUGAGCUACGAUGGUAGAUGUCCUCAUCAACCAUCUUUUGAAGAAUAAAGAAAUCGUCGACGAGCUCACAUCCAACAAUCCAGAGGGCUCGGAUCGAGUCCCUGAUAUGCCCGAUGGGGAAGAGGCUUGGCGAACGAUUUAUGACCAUCCUCUAACUGCUGCGACGUCUGCCAUGUUGAACAUCGGAGGAUCAGCAUCCGAAGAUCAAAAUUCGCCCAUGAAUCUGCUCUGUGAAUACUACAAACUGCCUUUAGAUAAGAUAGCUGAUAAGUACGGGACUCUCCCCGAUUUUUGGACAACGGUGGCCAAUGGCCAGACCAAUAUUGUUGGUAAUAACCCGAAUGCUCUUGGAAAUUCUCUUCCUGUAACUCUUUUGCCACAAGCUGCUGAACUGUUGAAAAAUAAGCGUACGUCAGAUCCGAAUGACGUUACUCCUCAAGAGGUGGACAUUUACCUCAACCGUCGAAUCAUCAAACGCGAAAACAUAAAUGACGGAGACGAACUCAUUGUUCCCACUAGUGGUGUCAUCAAUACGCACAAAUCCGUAAACCUAUUGAGAAAUUGUAACUCUCCAAAAGUGAUGAACGAUGGUGUUCUCAGUGAUCCUCCAGUUUCACCAUUGCCAAUGCUUGUCCAGGUGAAACAGGAACCGAGUCCUGGUUUGCCUACAUCACCAAGUUCGCCAUCAACUAAGAACAGAGAACUGCCACCUGCUAGUACCGUCAUUGCCCAAGCCUAUUCCAGUCAUGUCUUAGCGCAAAACUAUGAAAGUCUUGCAGCGCAAUAUUCAGUAACAGCUCCUCUGCAAUACCAGAGUCAACCUUCAACUGGUGUAUACAUGGUGACCACUCCUCCUGAAUACAGGGGACUUCCUGAUUACUACACAGAACAAAUUCGAAACAAUUUAGCAGCUACUGUGGGCACAAGCGUAUCUGGAUAUACAGAUACGACAGACACAGUUUCAUUUGUCGAUAGAUACAUAAGACAAGCUGCAGGCUACAAAAACGGCAUUCAAGGACUUACCGUAGACCUUCCGUCACCCGACAGUGGUAUAGGGGAUACAACAAUUGCAACCAGAGACAACUCCAGCAUACCACAUGUUGAAAUUUUUGAUUACUCGGAUCUCUCACAAACACAAACCAUUCUUCAGUCGGAUAUCGCUCCAAGCAGGCCCGCUAGUUCGCAAUCUGGAUCUUCUAGACGGUCAUGGCAUGACUAUGGUCGAAAUGCAGAAUUAGAUAAAGUACAGAUUCCUAAAUUACAUUCAGAUGUGGGCUUUAAAUACUUCCUCGAAUCUCCAAUUUCAACCAGCCAACGAAGAGAAGAUGAUCGAAUCACGUACAUCAAUAAAGGCCAAUUUUAUGGUAUAACCUUGGAAUUUACUCCUGAUCCUACCAGACCGCUAAAGAGCUCUACAGUCAAAUCCGUUGUGAUGUUGAUGUUCCGAGAAGAGAAGCCACCAGAUGAAGAACUGAAAGCCUGGCAAUUUUGGCACAGUCGACAGCAUUCCGUAAAGCAAAGAAUUCUUGAUGCUGAUACCAAAAAUAGCACAGGCAUCAUCGGUCAAAUUGAUGAAGUCACACACAAUGCCAUUGCCUUUUAUUGGAACCCCUUAGAAAGUUCUUGCAAAGUGAAUGUAGCUGUGCAAUGCCUAAGUACAGAUUUUAGCAACCAGAAAGGAGUGAAGGUAAGAACUGGACUUCCAUUGCACUUACAAAUUGAUACUUUCGAUGAUUUUCGAGAGAAUGUCACACCAUAUCACCGAGGUUAUUGCCAAAUUAAAGUAUUCUGUGAUAAGGGAGCUGAAAGAAAAACAAGAGAUGAGGAACGCAGGGCAGCCAAAAGAAAACUAAGCAAUGCUGCUGGAGGAGAAGCAUCUGUGACAUUUCCUGGAAGGAAAAAACUUGAUGAGAUGUUUCAUUUACCCUGCGAUAGGUCAGAAUUCUACUCCAUGAGUGACCUUCUGAAACCACCUGUUCUUUUUACACCUAGUGAUGAUGUUGAAAAGAUGACAUCCAUGGAUUUGGCUUUCUACACCAGUCCGAGUUCCAUUACAGAUGAUCAAAAUGGAUCUGGCCUAGACCGCCGUGAUACUGAUUCCAGAGAGAGUAGCAGUACAUUCACUCCACCUCCAAAACGCAUGAAAAAAUUUCCUGGAGACAGAGACUCCUAUUUUUCUCUUCCAGUUCUCCUUUAUGCUCGUCAAGAAUCAGAGGAUACCUUUCAACCUUUGCACAUCCACCCACCGACGCUUGCAGGGCUAGCGAAAGGGAUUGAAAGCAAAUACAAGUUGAGUGCGUCCAACAUCAGAAAUAUUUACAAGAAAUCCAAAAAGGGAAUUACAGUCCAGAUUGAUGAUGAUAUAGUGAAGCACUAUUGCAAUGAAGAUGUCUGCAUCAUUGAAGUGACAAAAGUAGAUGAAGAAUUAUGUGAUGUCACAUUAGUCGAUGCGUAGAGUGCACAGUAUUCAAUGGACAAUUCUUCUUCCCCUAUAAACACAAAACAAAAAAUGUUCCUUCUCAUCUUUUGGGGUUCAACUUAUCAAAGUUUCAUCCCAAUGUUCGUUUAUCUUUGUAUUUUUUAUGCUUGUGUGUUAUUUGAAAAGGAAGUAAAUUUUUGAUUCAAAUUGUUUUAAAAUGACAGUUGUGAGCUCCAUUUUUGAAACUUUAGAAAAAAGGAAGUCAUUUUUGCUGCUAGCAUCUUCGGAUUUCAUCUAUUUUUUAUGUGGUUUGUGAAAUAUUUUAUGAAAUCAAUUGAAGAUUCAUUGAUUCUGAUGAAGUUUUCAAGUAUAUUAUUUCAAUAUGAUUGCGUAGCCAAAGGGAAGAUUUGUAAAUAGUGAUAAGAAAAUCUGAACAUUUUAUCGAAAUGUUUAUUGACUUAAGGAACAGAAAUUCCAUACAGAUAGAUAAGUGGAAUUUUUAUUCUUUUUAUCAAGCAGUUUAUGGAUUUAUACUUAAUACUAUAUUCAAGCCAAACAAGAAGAGACUAUACAGAAAAUAUAUAGCCAUACGUCUAAUAUUUGAGUAAUAUGUGGAUAUAUAAUUUGAAGUUAGCGCAUAAGAAUCGAAAUUUUUGAUAUAACUAUACAGAUUUUAUAUAGAUAUAGGAAUAUAUAUUUAUAAACUUUUAUUUUUACGUGUGUACUUUAUUUCGCUUUACAACUUUUAUAAUAUCUGAAUGCUGAAAGCUAUUUUAAAAAAGCAAGAAGAAAAUUAAAAUAGCUUUGACAUCUAUCCUGAUACUUAUAAGGACUACUUCGUCUUUCCUGAUAAAAUGUCCUGAAGUUUAAAUGUAACCGAUAUGAAAAAGAUUACAGUACAGCUGAAGUUUGCUUACAACAUCCAUGCUUCUAUAUCUUUUUUUACAAGCAUAGUUUUUAUUUACUAAGCUUUUCUAGAACCUAAGAAAUAGACUUCUGUUUUCUAGAAUACUUCGUCUGUAACCUAAAUAUGUAUUGAACGAAUACAAAUCAUGGUAGAGUUUUAAUAUGAGGAUUUUCACCUAAACGUCGUCAAACUGAAAUUAACAUUUAUUUUUAUUUUUAUUUUAUAGAAGUUAUUAAAAUACUUCGGUAUUUCUGAUAACAAUUAUACAACUGUAUGCUUCCGGAAUAUUCUACUGUUGUCGUUUUUUUAUCAAUUUUGUGUGAUUUUAAAAUGUGAUUCUUUUAAAUUAAAGCAUCUCAAAAGCAAACUUUUAUUACUGUUCAGCUAUUUUCAGAUCAUGCAACUUUUCAUAUUUGUUAACUGUUAAAAUUUAUGUUGAUAAAUACCGGAAACAGAAUAUGUGCUCUGUUACUGACAGAUUGAUAAUAAAAAUAAAUUUCAUCAUAUAUCUUGAGAUACUUGGUGCUCAUGAUUUAUAGUAUCUCGCAUUUAUUUAUUUUCUUCAACCCCUAUUGAAACGGGAGAUUUUUAUGAUGCUUCAUUUUAUUUUCAAGUUCAAUAAACAAAUAAUAAAUAUAAGUUUUUAUAUUAAUUUUUUAUAAAGAGCAACUCGUUUAUCUUUCUGAAUAUUUUUUGGAAUUAUAUCAAAAUUUAUCAUUUUAUUUUAAUGUUAAUGAUUUAUCGCACUUUUCAUUAUAAGAAGACAGACGCAUUAAAAUGUAAAAAUAAAUUAUAAAGAUUCAAUAUUUUUUGUGCAAUAUUCAGUCAAAUCUAAUAUUUAACCUAAAGAUUAUGUAUUUGCGUCUUUGUGAAUUUCUAUAAAAGAUCUGAAAAUAUUGCUGCUGUCCAUUAUUUUAGAAUUUACGCUUUUGCAUCGUAUUUAUACUAGCUUUUGCUUCUUUUACAACAAUGUAUUGUGAAUGUAUUUUGUUCAUUUUUUUAGUGAUCAUGUGCUUUUUUUAUCUUUUUGUUCUUUUUAGAUUUACAAAGAUCUAUAGUAUGAAUAUAUCACGAACAAAGCAUCCAACUUUUCUUUUAUUUACAUUGAAAGUUCACUCUAGAGGGAACUGAAAAAAACUCAGCCCUCCCAGUUGCCAUAUAAGCUUUAUUGUGAUAGUUACAAUAUAAAUUUUGUUCAUGUGUUCCAUUUUUUUUUGUUACAAAUUUACCGCUAAGCUAAUGUUGAGGGUGAUAUUGUAGAUGGUAUACAGUUUCCAAAUUCAAAAUGUGUUAUUAAUGAAAGUAUAAAUUAAAAUCCACAUCACUAGUUUAAUAUAGCACGUCACUUCAUUAGAAAUAUUUUUUAUUCUUUAAAAAUAAAUUGCUUUUUUUUUUGUUUAUACCCACUAUUCAUAAAGUAAAUGAAAAAUGCACGUUACAAAAUUCAAAUAUUAAAAUCGCUAUCAAAAUCUCGAGACAAUUAGGUUCAGAAAUAAAGUAACUUGAUUUGUUAUUAUUUACUUGUGAUAAUUUUUCUAAUAAUAUUCUAUUUAUUUCAUUCCAAUAAAGUAAAAGUAUUGUGAUAAAUUAAUUCAGUAUUUGAAACUGUCCUGCAUGUUUCUAUUUACUUUUUUAUUUAAAAAUAUUUUGAUAUCCGAAUUAAGUUGAUCAAACCGUAAUUUAAAUAUUUUUGAUAAAACGUAUUAUUUUCGUGCAUUUUUUGCUAUUUUAUAAUGUUAUGUAAGUAACUGUGUAUCUCCCAAUUAUACAAAAAUAUGAUGAAAUUGAUUUACAGAAUUUCGUUCUGAAUUUUAGAUAUUUAAUAGAAAAGUUUAGAAACCAAAUAAUAAAUAAUGUGCCGUGUUUACAUAUUUCGCAAAAUUAAUUAUGUUAUUAUUAGAAGACCACGUUGUAAAUAUAACGGUAAAAAAAAUUCAUGUCAUUUUUAAUGCUUUUAAAAUGACAGGUUUUUUUAAUUCAAGAUAGAAAUUUUAUUUAUUAAUCACAAUGCCUUGUAAAAUGAUAGAGUAAAAUAAACAGAAAUUAAAUUCUGUUUUAUUACUUAAAAGGAGUGCAAUAAGUUAAAAGGCUGCUAAAAUAGAUAUAAAAUGCAGUUUUCCAUGCUUAUUUCGUUAAAAAUCGAAAGCUUAUUAUUGUUUUUAAUGCAUAGUUGAAAGAAUACCUACAAUAUGCAAUAUUUUUACCUUUUUUAUUAAAAAGGUGGUUGUGCAAUACUGUGCAGUAAUAACUGUAAUAACUGAAAUUAUUAUUGAUUGAACCAUUUCAGUGGAGCUAUGUAAAAUACCACAUUUUCCAUUAUUAGCAUAGAAAAAAAACCGUCGAGUGAACUAACAAACGUAAAAUGUUAAUAUCCUCAAGUACUGCAAAGGAAUUUUAAAUAUUUUACUAUGUCCCAUCUGAAAAUGGUUGUUUAUGAGCAUAAAAUCGAAAUAUGCAUGCAAAAAAACUAUAUUCUAAAUGUAGCUAUUUUUAUUGUCCUAUGUGAAACUAAAUGAUCUCUAUGCUUUAUUUUUAAAAUAAUUUUAUUUUGUGAAACCAAAAAAAAAAAUGAAAAAAAAUCGCCCUCUUCUUGUGCCUUAUGUAUUAUAGCAUUUUUAUGUAAGGUGGCAGCC